UUUUCCUUCCUUCACAUACAACAAUAUCAGCCAACAAGUUGACCAGGAAGAAACAAAAGAAGAGAUUGAAUACUAUCGUUAUUAUAAUCCUUAUUAUUAUUUUGACUAUGAUUACUUGUUUUAUUAUUAUCAUUAUGGUUAUUAUCCGAAAAGGAAAGGAAUCAUACACCUCAACUGUGAAAAUCCAAUCUCUUCUAUUCAGUACCAGGUCAACGCGGAGCCAUGUAGAAAAGAAGGGCAUUAUUCACAUGUUUUAGCAUUAAAUGCAAGCGUUUUUCAGGUGCCAGAAUUUUGCAGCAUUGACUUCACACUGAGGGUACUGCCUCGAAGGCCCAGGACAUGCAAUCAGAAAUGUUCGAAUCCGAAAGAACAGAUUGAGGAGGUGAAGGGGCUUCAAGUCAGAUGGCAACCAAUCCCCUGCGUGGAUACUGAUCGCUUCAUCAUGUCGGAGAAUGAUGGGCCCAUCAAGGAAGAUGAAAAUAUUUGGAUGGUCGUCUCCUAUGUUGGGUCUCUGGCUGUUUCUCACUUUAUCCUUUGGUCUGCAGCAAAAUUUGUUCUGGGAUUCCCCAUUGCCGUUGGGUUUCUAAUAUAUAAAAUCAGAAGGAGGCAUUUAUCUGAGUAUGACGACAUUGAAGACUUCCUACGAAGUCACAGCAAUUUAGUGCCCAUCAAAUACUCUUACUCUGACAUAAAAAGGAUAACAAAAAAUUUCAAACAUAAGUUAGGAGAAGGAGGCUAUGGUUCUGUAUAUAAAGGAAAGCUUCAAAGCAAGCGUGGAGUGGCUGUUAAGCUAUUAGGAAAGUCAACAACUGAUGGACAUGAUUUCAUCAAUGAAGUUGCCACCAUUGGAACUAUUCGUCAUUUAAAUGUGGUGCAAUUGAUAGGAUUUUGUGCAGAGAGAAGAAAGCAAGCUCUUGUCUAUGAGUUCAUGCCAAAUGGAUCUCUUGAUAAAUACAUACUUUCUGAGCAUGGAAAAUUAUCAAUAAAUUGUGAGAAAAUUAAUGAUAUUUCUUUAGGGGUGGCUCGUGGAAUUGAAUACCUGCAUAAAGGUUGUGACAAGCAAAUCCUAAACUUUGAUAUCAAGCCUCACAACAUUCUUCUUGAUGAGAAUUUUGCUCCCAAGAUCUCAGACUUUGGAUUGGCAAAAUUAGAUCCAGCAGAUAAAAGUAUUGUGUCUCUAACUGCAGCUAGAGGCACAAUGGGAUACAUGGCUCCUGAAUUGUUAUAUAAAAACAUUGGAGGCAUCUCACACAAGGCCGAUGUUUAUAGUUUUGGGAUGAUGUUGAUGGAAAUGGCAGGAAGAAGAAAGAACUAUGAUAUUGUGCAGAAUUCUUGGCAGACUUACUUUGCAAAAUGGGUUCAUGAUCAGUUCGAAGAAACAAUACUUAAAAACAAUGCCACAGAAGAAGAGAAGAAGAUAGCACAGAAAUUGAUUACCGUGGCUUUUAGUUGCAUUCAGCUGAGCCCAAGUGAUCGCCCCUCAAUGAGCAGAGUAGUAGAGAUGCUUCAAGGAGAUGUUGAAGCAUCAGAGAUUCUGCCACCAGAACCUUCAGAGGAUAGUGCAAGAGACAGUUCAAUUUGAGCAUAAGAUGUGUGAAAAUGAAAUAAUUUUUGUCAGAAACAGGUAUGAUCUAUCAUGAAUUUACAUUGAGUCGAACCGCCAUGUACAUGAAGUAGUGCAUCAUCUGUUAAGCCAUUUUGUAUUCAACAAACUAGCAUCAUAGCACAUGCGGUUUCCAGAGU